CAGCAUGCCCGCCCCCGCCAAGUUCACCGAGUUCGUCGACGCCAACGCGGACAAGUUCAUCCAGCGGCUCGCAGACGCCGUCGCCAUCCCCAGUGUGAGCGGGGAGCCGAACCAUCGCCAGGAUGUCGUGAAGAUGGCGCAGUGGCUCGACGGCCAGCUCAAGUCGUUGGGCGUGACGACGAAGCUGGUCGACUUGGGGAAGCAUGUUAUGGACGGGGAGGAGCUGCAGCUGCCCCCGGCCAUCCUUGGGCGGAUCGGUGACGAUCCGAAGAAGAAGACGAUACUGAUUUACGGGCACUUUGACGUGCAGCCGGCGUACAAGUCCGACGGGUGGGACACGGAGCCGUUCAAGCUGGUCGUCGACCAGAAGACGGGGCGUCUCAUCGGGCGCGGGUCGACGGACGACAAGGGCCCGAUACUCGGCUGGUUGAAUGUUCUCGAGGCGCACAAGGCGCUCGGCUUGGAACUCCCAGUGAAUCUGCGGUUCUGCUUCGAGGGGAUGGAGGAGAGCGGGAGCGAGGGCCUCGACGACCUGAUCAGGAGCGAGACGCAGAAGGGCAAGGAGGGGUGGUUCGCCGGUGUGGACUGCGUGUGCAUCUCGGACAAUUACUGGCUGAACGACCGCACGCCGUGCUUGACGUACGGCCUGCGGGGGCUGACCUACUUCAAGGUGACCGUGUCGGGCCCCGCGCGUGACCUGCACUCCGGCAUGUUCGGGCGCGCGGUGCACGAGCCCAUGACGGACCUCAUCGCGCUCAUGAGCAAGCUCGUCACGCCCGACGGGAAGAUCCUCGUCCCCGGCGUGGACGAGAUGGUUGCCCCUGCCGACGAGGAGGAAAAGAAGCUGUAUUCGUCGCUGGAUUACUCGAUUGCGGACGUGGAGGACGCGGUCGGGGGCAAGAUCGCGAUCUCGGAGGAUAAGGCGACGGUGUUGAUGGGCCGGAUGCGCAACCCUUCGCUGUCGCUGCACGGCAUCGAGGGCGCGUUCUACGGAGCCGGCGCAAAGACGGUUAUUCCCGCGAAGGUCUCUGGGAAGUUCAGCAUCCGGCUCGUUCCCCCGCAGACGCCCGAGAAGGUCAACCCGCUGGUGCACAAGUACCUCGAGUCCGAGUUUGCGAAGCUGAACAGCAAGAACAAGCUCGAGGUCGAGUGUCUGCACGACGGGAAGCCGUGGGUCGCGGACUUUAAGCAUUGGAACUACGAGGCUGCGAUCAAGGCUACCCAGGCCGUGUACAAGAAGCAGCCGGACUUGACGCGCGAGGGCGGGUCGAUCCCCGUGACGCUCACCUUUGCGGAGAGUCUGGGUGUGAACGUGCUGCUCCUGCCGAUGGGGAGGGGAGAUGAUGGUGCUCACUCUACGAACGAGAAGCUGGAUAGGAGUAACUUUAUUGAAGGGAGCAAGCUUCUGGGCACGUAUCUGUACGAGGCUGCGGCCAUCGCGAAAUGAGGCUUGGCGGGAUCACCCUCGCGCAAUAAGCGGAAGGAGAAGAGUGUAUAUGAGGUGUACGGUAUGGAUUGACAAUGUAACAGAAAAGGAAAAACUUUGUAUCGCUAGUCUCGUUUUUGGACCAUCCAGUGCUGAUUUGGACAGGUG